UUAAAGCCAAACAACCUCCAACCACCAUCGACAAGAGUGUGGACACCUUCGCGAGGAGAGUGUGCACACUUCGCACAUACACACAGCCUGCCAGGCCACGGCCUUCUCCUACAGGCCUGAUGGAUGUGACCUUCAGUGCGAGUAGGCCAUCCGCGUCUACUGGGUGUGUCGGGAGUGUUUGGGAACUCCGCCGUGGUCUUGUUUGAAGUGGUUUUGGUGCACUCACUAGGCCUUCUGCCAUGCCUUACAAGUGUUGCGUUCCUUUAUGUAAAGGGAAUGACAAAAGUGGGCCAAAGGUGUGCUUAUUUUCAUUCCCAAAAGAAGAGAAGCUUGCGCGGGCUUGGCUUCAUGCUAUCAAGCAAGCAGACUCAUCCCCAACCAAAAGCACCAAGGAUCUCUGCCAGACACCGCAGCUCACCAGUCACCUCCACCACAAGUGUGGACCCCGCUACAGAGACCACCACCACUCAUAAGCUUGAUCUAACAGGCGUUGACGAUCCAAAGGCCUGACUCCACAGCGGUAAUGAGCCUCGUCUACCUUGCACUUAACGGACAAUGCUCACUACCAACACCUCUGCCUCCCCCACCGCCACUGCCGCCGUUGAGGGAGACUGGCUGGAUGAGUGGGUGAUAGAGGCGAGGCAGGUGUGGUGAGGCGGAGGAUUGGAGACGAGAACCUACAGAUGACGGCAGACACGGAAGAUUCCACUAACCAGGAGUUGGUGAUCCGAAGCCGUGACUGCAGCGAUCCCGUGCGGCCUGCACCAUCAGGGAAGGACUCUCUCUGGCUUCGCACUGCGCCUACAUUGACCGUUGCCGCCGCUGCUACCGCUACUCGGAGGGGCACUGCCUCGCAUUGGGCCUUCACUGCCGUCCCGCUAAUACACGUGCCGCCGUCGCCACUACUGGCACUGAGGGACUUCGCCUCGCAGCGGCCUGGCAAACACCUGCUACACCACCACCACCACCACCACCACCGGAGUCCAGAGAUUCAGCUUCGCAUAGCAGACAUCCUCCUAUUCAACGCUUGCUGCCACUACCACCUCAUUAUGGUGGUGUCACUGUACUUGGAUCUGUUGUCACUACUGAAUAAUAAUGUGUAAAGAAA